UGCGUCUCAAGAGCCGCUCACCUCCAAGCGCAGUCAAAUGGCGCAGCUCCAGAGAGUCACAGCGAGCAGUCCUACUAGCUGAUUUUAAUUAGAGCAUAUACGGCUUUUCUUGAAUUUCAUGUAUUAUUCUCUUUCUUUGCUGGUUUGCGAGCAUGGUAUCUCAGUUUAUCUGCUACAAAUGGACCUAAAGUAAUGCAUUGCGCUUAGCUGUGCGUGGAGCUUUUGUUAUUUCAGUAACGGACUGACAACUGAUAGAUUCAACCCAAGGUUCUCCCAUGUUCGGUUCCUGUCUUGUCUUGUUCGUGUCGGUUCCAACCCAGAGUAUUGAACCCAAUUCUGUCUGCUGUGUUCUGCCAGGAGGCAGCGGCCGUUCCCGCUGCAGUGCUGUGGACCAUCCGGAAGAGGAGGGCUCCUGCUCUCCUGCCGCUGCCAGCGUCCCUGGCCACAGAGGCCGUGCCCCUGCCGCUGCCAGCAUUCUCUGCCAGCAUCCUCGGCCACGAAGGCUGUUCCCCUGCCACUGCCAGCAUCCUCUGCCACGGAGGCCAUUCCCCUGCUGCUGCCCGCAGUGCCGUCUGUUGAGUGUCCCAGAUCCGUGUACCAUGAGCAGCUCUCGCUACGAACCCAGCUGGGACGUGGACCUGGCGCCCCUUCUGUCAUGUAAAUUGUGCCUGGGAGAGUUUCCUCUGGAACAGAUGACCACCAUUUCCCAGUGCCAAUGCAUAUUCUGCAGUCUGUGUUUGAAGCAAUAUGUUGAGCUGCUCAUUAAAGACGGCCUCGAAACGGCUAUUAGCUGUCCGGACUCUACCUGCCCAAAAAGGGGACAUUUACUGGAAAAUGAGAUUGAAGGUAUGGUGGCUGUCGAGGUCAUGCAACGUUAUAAGAGACUCCAGUUUGAGCGUGAGGUGCUCCUGGAUCCUUGUCGGACCUGGUGCCCAUCCUCCUCCUGCCAAGCAGUCUGCCAGCUGAAGGAGGCAGAGGUGCAAAUGCCGCAGCCAGUGCAGUGCCCUCAGUGCAGCCUGCGUUUCUGCUCUUCCUGCAGGGAAGAUUGCCACACAGGACAGGCGUGUAAGGAGAUCCUUCCAAUUGCCACCUUCUUGCCCAGGGAGAACAGCUCCAGCCUCAAGAAUCAGGAUGACAAGGCUCCAAUCAAACGCUGUCCUAAAUGCAAAGUGUACAUUGAGAGAGACGAGGGCUGUGCCCAGAUGAUGUGUAAGAAGUGUAAGCACGCCUUCUGCUGGUACUGCCUGGAGUCACUGGAUGAUGACUUCUUACUGAUCCACUAUGAUAAAGGCCCGUGCCGGAACAAACUGGGUCAUUCCCGAGCCUCCGUCAUCUGGCAUCGGACACAGGUUGUAGGGAUCUUUGCUGGCUUCGGUCUACUCUUGCUAGUGGCCUCCCCCUUCAUUUUGCUGGCCACUCCCUUUGUGCUCUGCUGCAAAUGCAAGUGUAAACGUGGCAGCGAUGACCCACUUCCUUCCUAGCUUCAAGAUGUCACUUUCGGCACAUUUGACUAUCCCGUCUUGGAGCUCUCUGUGUAACUCCAGCAGGGGCAUUGGUAAAAGACUUACUGUAGCUCUUCUGUCUGUGAGACUGCAUAUCUGAGCUGAAUUAAAAUGUUGACUGACAUUGAAAUGUGUUUUGCAGAGGCAGAGAAAAAGAUUGGAUGAGCCAUUAGAGGCAAGCUGAAAGUGUUUGUAAGCAAGCACUUCUAUGAAGCAGGAUGCAGUUUGUUUAGGAGGGUUUGGUCAUGACAUACAGUUGUCUAUACACUUGUCUUGUAUCUAUCUCAUUCACUAUUCACUAUUUCGUCACUUUGUGUUGUUAAGGUAUUUUUGAUGUUGUUUAUCAAGGAUAUAACAGAUACUAAUUUUAUUGACUACAGACUUCGAGGGCAUCAUUCAGAAAAGUUCUAUGCUUUCAUACAUUCCUUGUAUCGCAAGUUACACAACCUCAAUAUUUCAGCCAAUUAUUUAGCAUGCUAAAGACUGAGAAUGUUUCACUUACUGAACAGGCCAUAGCUACCACUUAUUUCUAUAUGCUUUCUAUAAGCUCUUUCUUGGGUAAGUAAAACCCCGUUCUUCCAUUUGAAUCAACUCAGAUACUUUACACGCACCACAAAUGUAGCAGAUGUGCCACCUGAUGCCUUGUCAAAGCUUGUAGGCUUGGGUGUUGCCAAAAGAUUACUUAUUAGCAGUCAGUUGGUCACAUAUCAAUCUGUUUAUAAUGGAGCUAUCACAAAUGCAUCAUAAACAAGCUAUUCUAUAGCUUAUUAUUCUGUAUAAAAGCUAUUAUACAGUUUUUCACAUUUCAACAGUUAUCAUUGAUGUCAUGUACAGGUGAAUUCUCUUGGUAUAAAACGUAUGUCUUUUGUUUAUAUUUCCAACCCAGAAAGGUGCUAUUCCAACCUGUUGAAUGCAACUAAAAAUCCAAAUACAACCUGCAUUACCAUGUGCCUGCCAAUUUAGGUCAGAGUAAUCAGGCCAGUGAAGCUUAACUUUGUACUUUUCAGGUCACUCUAAGAGUUAUUUAUUUAUUUUAUUUAUUUUUUAGAGUAAUACUUCUGGGAACCGUUUGCCAAAUGUGAUGUUGUUAGCCCAUUUGUUCACUGUCUAGCAUGUUAAUAUUUGGUUGAUGAAUAGGGUAAACCUAGUUUUUUGUUCAUAUUCCUUCAGUUAAAAAUGCCUUUCUUUUUUCAGAGUUUUGUUAAUUCUAUUUGUAAGUGUUUCAACAUACUUUUUGAAGCUGUAACGGUAUAUAAUGUCUUUUCACAUUUUUCACAUUAAAAUAUAUCAUUAUCCUGAAA